CUGGAUAAGAUGAUGAGAGAAACAGGCAGAGACAAUUGAUAAACCCCGCCAGCUCCCUGGUCUCUACCAAGAAAGGGUUUAAGAAUUAAGACCCCUUUUGGUCAAUCUUCACAAGAAAGUUCAAUUCAAUCGUCCAGUUUCAUCAGAAAUCAAGGAAAAGAUUUGCAGGCAAAUUCAACUGUCUCGUGCUGGCAAUAGUUGAGGGUUGAACAUGGCCACGGUAACUAUGACUCCUUCAUGGAGUUCCUUCUCCAUGAAAAGUAGCAGCAGAGAGCAUAAAAGCUCAGGUAGUUGUUCUAGGCCGUGUCAAAGUAUUAAAGCCAUGAGAAUAGAGAAACCACUGGAGGAACUAUACAAUGUAAGGGUAGAAAGGAAUGUGUCAAAGGAGCGAUUAGCAGAGCUCAGUGUCUCAAAAUGGUCGGUGUGGAAGACAGGCAAGUGCAAGCUUCCUUGGGACUGGCAUGUCGAUCAGUUGGUUUAUAUCGAAGAAGGGGAGGUAAGGGUAGUGCCUGAAGGAAGCGAACGCUUUAUGCGGUUCGUGGCUGGUGACCUUGUUCGUUACCCAAAAUGGUUUGAAGCAGAUCUAUGGUUCAAUGAUUUCUACCAAGAACGCUACAAGUUUCGAGCAUAUGGAGAUGACUAGCAAUGAUGCAUCUAAUGCAUCAUAUGGAGUAAAUCACUUUCUCCACUUGAGUUUUGAUUGUAGCAGGGAUGAGUUUGUGGUUUGAGUUUACUACAUUUACUAUAGCUAACGGAGUUUCUUUUCUGAAGUUCCACACUAUGCCUGUUUUCAACAUGUUUGGUCAGUGCAGACUAGGCUAUUAAUCGUGAACAAUGACCACGAAAAUACUUUGGUGAACCAAAGGAAUACACACUUCAGCCCCUUUGAAUGAUCAAAAUGAAAAGCAUUGGACAAGUCAGAAAUA